GCGCAACCUUGCGGCGCGCCAUCGUACGUACAUUACAUUCCUCUGAUUGGCUGAGCCGUUGCCAGGAGUGUUUACAGGAAACAUGGCUUCCCUGUCCAUUGGAGAGCCGCAAGAAAUGGAAGUGGAUCGGAGGGGAGAGUCCGAGGAGUCGGGCGACGACGAGACCAGGAGGAAGAGCAUCAAUGGCGACAUGGAUCCAAAUCAGCCUCCCGCCACAAAUAAAGAAGAGUCUCCCGUUGACAUGGACACCAUCACCUUGGACCCGGAAGAGGAGGAUGUUGACCUCGUUCAUUGCCGUAUUGGAAAAAUUGAAGGACUGGAAGUGCUACAGAAAGCAAAAACCCUCUCCUUACGACAGAAUCUGAUUAAAAAAAUUGAAAAUCUUGACAGUUUGAGCUCACUGCGGGAACUCGAUUUGUACGACAAUCAAAUCCGCAAGUUGGAGAACCUGAACAAGCUCACACAGUUGGAGCAGCUGGAUGUGUCCUUCAACGUUCUGAGGAAGGUGGAAGGUUUGGAGCAGCUGACUCGGCUGAAGAAACUUUUUCUGCUUCACAACAAAAUCGGCAGCAUCGCCAACAUGGGGCACUUCCCCUGUCUGGAGAUGCUGGAGCUGGGCUCCAAUCGCAUUCGAGUUAUAGAGAACCUGGAUACACUAACGGCUUUGCAAAGCUUAUUCCUCGGCACCAAUAAAAUCACCAAGUUGCAGAAUAUGGGCAGUUUACACAGCCUGACUGUGUUAAGCAUUCAGAGUAAUCGGAUUACUAAAAUGGAGGGUUUACAGAACCUGGUCAGCCUGCGAGAGCUCUACCUUAGCCACAAUGGCAUCGAGGUCAUCGAGGGCUUGGAAAACAAUAAAAAGCUGACAACUCUGGACAUCGCAGCCAACAGAGUAAAGAAGAUUGAGAACAUCAGCCAUCUAACAGAACUGCAGGAGUUCUGGAUGAAUGACAACCAGAUCGACAACUGGUCAGAUCUGGAUGAGCUGAAGAACGCCCAAUCCCUGGAGACGGUCUACCUGGAGAGAAACCCGCUGCAGAAGGACCCGCAGUACCGGCGGAAGAUCAUGCUCGCGCUGCCAAGCGUGCGCCAGAUUGAUGCCACCUUCAUCCGCUUUUAAAAAAUGCAGUACGGUAUACGCCGUCCACUUCAGUGUUUUCCCUUGCCAACCUGUGUGCCCCCCCCCACACACACACACACACCAUUCAUCCAUCACUCGAUCACUGAAUCGUCAUUUCUCCGUAUACAAAAUAUACAGUGCAACAUUAAAGUCAGCCACGGAUGCACUCAUUCACUACUCGAUCUGGAAGCGUAUUUAUUUACAACUCUGGAAAUGAACUUUCCUAUGACAUGUUUACCUUAUUUAUGAAGAAUUAAACGGCCCUUGCAUGUGGGCAAGGCAAGCCACAGUCGCCGAUGCACUUUUUCAUUGAAUUGGACAAACAGUCAAAUACAAAAUGAGAACACUCACAAAGGAGCUGCUGUAAGACACAACUCGUGUCCAAAUGCUCACAUGCAUAUUGACACCAGCUCCUCACUCAUUAGGACAUGCCCCUUAAAGGCAUACAUCCAAAUUGUUUUUUUUUUGGUACAUUCUCUAUGUCUUUAUACAUUAAAACCAUGUAACUGAAAGAUUGUGGCGGUUAUUUGGGACUGGAAGGGAUUAAUGGCAUUUCAAUUCAUUUCUAUGGGGAACAUUGAUUUGACAUAAGCAUGAAUUGCUUGUCAAUGACAUGUCAAUGCUUUAUGAAUGAAGUUAAGGUACCACUGUACUAAAGUUUUUUUUUUUUUUUUUUUUUUUUUUUUAAUAUCCUUCCUUUGCUUAAACAUGGUUUUCUGCCUUCCUUACCCCCUUCCACCUCAGACCUGCUUUUCUCUUUCCUUCCCUCCUACCAUCAUUCUUUUUCCUUGCUUCCUUCCAGCAGACCCGUUUUAUUUAUUUUUUUCAUUUUGCAGCCUUCCUUACCUUGAAACUACUUUUCUUCUGUUCUGCCUUCCUUUUGUACCUGUCCAGUAAUGCUUUAGAAUUCACUUUCUUUGUUGUUGGCUCAAUUUAUUUGCCAUUUGAGGUACUCAUACAAAACAAAACAAAUACAGGGAUACGUUAAUUUAGAAAAGUGGACAUCUACAUUUUGACCCACCACUGAAUAUCCUGUAGUUGAGCUUAUUCAAAAUACUCCCAAACUAGGUAUUAAACUUUGAAAUCAUAAUAUGCAUCUCUUCAAACUUAUUUGCAAAUUUAAUUUUUGUUUUUUUAACAUAAUUUACAGAAAAACGCGACGAAUGUCCCCCAGUCUCAUCUCAUACUCAUCUUACGACCUCUCUGUCGUAAAAUAAAGCUUCUAAGAAUGUACCAUCUGUGUCUAUCUAGGACGGUAAAAUAUAUUUUUUUUUAUUAUUACUGAUCACAGCUUUGAUUAUUUUGCUUGUUCUGUUGUCAGAUUUGUUUGGAGCGUUUCACAAAGGUUUUUAAUGGUUUACCUCAAGCUUAGAGACCAGGUGACAAGUUUAUUAUAGAUGCUGCAGUGACACAUUCUGUAUUAUUGACAGUCGCACUCAACAACAACAAAAAAACUCUGUGUAGUUGUCUCUUGUAAAUAACUCAGAGCACUUGAUUUGAUCCACAUAUACAUUUUUAAAUUGUUGAUUAGACAUCAUUAAUAAAGGAACAGAUUUUUAGGUGGGAUUAAAAAGUUAUACACCUUUUGGAUUUUAUUUUACGCUUGGUUUUAAGGAAAUGGACACAUGGACUGAAAUAAUCUGUUUUGCCUGUGAACUGAGGUGAUUCAAAUCAAGUGAUUUUAAAUUGUCAUUGAAAGAGUAAUCUGUUAUGCUAUUUGUUGUUUAGAGAAUCUACAUCACAGGGUUUUUGGAUUUGAAAUGGAAUGUAUUAUGCAAACAACAAUAAAUGUAUAGUACUACUACUUA